UUUAAACCGCGGUUACCACCGUUUUAGGCUCAUCCUCUCUUUGUACUAAUUUUAUUUUUUAAAGAAAGAGUGACAAAAAAGGCACAAAUACGCGGUUAAAUAAAUAUUAAAUUGUAUUUUUGUAAGGAAAUUUCACUAUGAAGGAGUUUUAACGGUGAUUUAAACAGCACCCGUUACUUUCAGUUGUUGCCACGGGCAACGCUGACCGUAAACUCGCCUCAGCCAAUCACAGAACGAGUUAUUGCAAACGAGCCAAUCAGAGAGCUCGUUUGUCGAUCCAAACAAACCGUCCACCCCACACACACAGACAAGGGUCGAGAUUUAUCCUGGAAACAUGGAGCUAAAGAAGCUAAACUUAGCCCGGUAGCGAUGAAAUAACCCCUCAGCUUUUUAAAUAUGAGUAUAUUUGGGUCUUAGUUGAUCCUAAAGGCGGUCUGAAAGUUGUUAUAACGCCCCAAAAGGAUGAAAACUCGGGAUUCACCGCCGCCGCCGCCGGUUCACGUCCACGUACCGGACACUACACCUGUACAUGUCCAUAUGAGGAGAAGUCCCAGCAGGACUCCACAGAAUCGGACCAAAGAUGCCCAGGUGAGAGAAGACAGGCUGAGGCCAAAGGUCCGGACACCGUGGAUUCCUCCAGGAAUACUGUCCUCCAGGAGAGAUGUGGGCUCGUACAAGUGCCAGAGAAGCAGAGCGGAGCAUCGAUCAGAAAGUGGUAUCGGACGUGAUGAAGAGGAGCAGGAAGAAGAGCUCGGUGCAGUAUCCAAAAACCUCAGUAUCCUCCUCAGAGAGCAGGAGAACAACCGUCUUUCAAAGAAAUCGGACUCUCGGAGUCAACACAGAGACGCAGAUGGGCUCCUUCGGGCGCUCGUAGAAGCAGAAAUCGACGGCGUGGCGGUAGCUAAUCAGCUGACAGCCCUGAAGGAAACUAUCGACAGCCUCGCGAAGGAGAAGCGGUUGUCAAAGUUGCAGGCAGCUUCAGUGGGACGGCAGCAGGAGUUGUUGUUUGAGAAGAUCCACAUGUUUGACAACACCAACCACAGCCUGCGAGAGCUGCUCAGGGAGUGGAGUGAACACGAGAGAGGAUCAUUGCUGUGGUCAGAGGAGAAAGAUGCCUUAAAGAAGAGGCUGACUGACAGUGAAGCUGAGAACAUUCGACUUUCGGCCAAACUCACCAACAAGGAGAAAGAGGCUUCGAAGCUUGCAGAGCGUUUGGACUUUGAAAAGGACAACGUGAAGACGACGGACGAGCUUUCAAGAAUCCUGCAGUCGACCCGUGAACACCUGGAGGCAGAGCUGAACAGAUCAGAAGCAGAAAAGGCUCGUCUGGCUGCUCAGAUUCAGAGGAUCCAGCAGAACCACGAGCAGCAGCAGGAGGAGCUGCACGCUCUGCAGGACGAGCUGCAGACUCUGAGGCUGCAGAGGGAGGAGCAGCAGGGCCGGCAGGACCAGGAGGUGCUGGCUCUGCUCACCCAGCAGGCCGAGCAGGCCGGAGAGUCCGUCAGACAGCUGGCUGCCAAACUGCAGGAGAAGGAAUCCCAGCUGGCUCAGGCUCUGUCUGCCUCCAGUGACUGGUGCCUCCGUCACUCUAAGGAAGCAGCAUCCAAAGCUCAGCUGGAGGAGGAGAUUUCUGCUCUCAGACUCCAGCUGACGGAGCUGAACUCUCAGCUUCAUUCGGUGGAGGAGCGGAGCCGGGCGGAGAGGGAGGAGCUCCGGGAUCAGCUGCAUCACAUCAGCGCUGAGAACGCCUCCUCCAAGCUGGACAACCAGAGACUCAAGAGUCAGUUGUCGUCCUCCGAGGAGAAGCUCGGCGGUCUGCAGUCUGAAGCCCGGCGGCUGAAAUCUUCCAUUAAAAAGAAUGAAAACCUGGUGGAGAAAUACAAGAAGAAGCUCCAGCAGGUUCGUCUGGAGUCGGAGGAGUACUGCCUGCAGCAGGAGCUGACCCAGAAGGAGGUGCAGGAGGUGAAGGUGAGCCUGGAGAGGGAGAAGGAGCAGGUGAGGAGGGAGCUGCUGGGCCGGCUCAGAGAGCUGGAGGCGCUGCCCGACAGACUGAGGAGGACGGAGCAGCAGCUCCGAGACGCCCAGCAGGAGGCCGACGCCCACCAGAGGAGGAGCAUGGAGCACAGCUCCGCCCUCUCUGACCUCAGACACAAGGUGGAGCAGCAGGGCACUCAACUGGAGACGUGCCAGCAGAGGAACCUGCUGCUGCAGGAGGAGAACAUCGUUCUCAAAGAGAAAAUUCACAACUUGGAGAGAAAGCUGGAGGACAUAAAGGUGGAGAACAGAGAGAUGUCUCAGUCUCUCUCCUCAAAGGAAGUCAGUGUCCGCAGCGUUCAGCAGCAGCUGGAGGAGAAGACGCGCGAGUGCAGCGUGCUGAACCGACAGCUGCAACAAACUCUGGACGACGCUCAGAGACAGGUGGACGAGAGCAUGCAGAGGGUUUUGGUUAAAGAGAGAGCGUCUCAGUCUAAAGCCUUGGACCUGCAGAGCCAGCUGAGCCGAGCCAGAACGGAGCAGAGUCAGCUGCAGCGAAGCAAAGAGGAGAUGGAGCGUCGUUUCCAGAGUCAGCUGCAGAACAUGAAGGACAGACUGGAGCAGUCAGACUCCACCAACCGCAGUCUGCAGAACUACGUUCAUUUCCUCAAAACCUCGUAUGGAAACGUGUUUGGGGAUUCUUUGCUUGCAAGCUGACUGUGAAAAAAAAAAAAAUCAGCAUUCAUCCAUUCAUUCCAAUAAAAGCAUUGUAGAAUACCUAAAUGAUUAUUAUGCACUA